GCUCUCGAUACGAUUAACCUCAGCUUCCUGUCUGAUUCUGAGCGGGAGAUGAUCUUGGCGGUGCUUCGGCGGGAUGCAGACCUGAGGCAGGUUGAGGAGCAGCGUGUGCGGAAGCUGAAAUCUGAGUUACUGGAAGUUAAAAGGAAAGGGGCCAAACGUAGCAGCGGAAAAUACAGUCAGCGUACUUGUGGCCGAUGUCAGGAGCCUCUGAGUCGUCUGCCAGCUUUUUCCAGCCAGUGUAAAGUAUGCCACCACUCGGUGUGCCGCAGCUGCCAGACUCUUCUGCCCGACGGAUCCUGGCUGUGCAGUGCCUGCGCCAAAGAGUCGGAUGUAAAGAAGAAGACGGGUGACUGGUUUUACAAUAAAAGGAUCAACCGUUACUCUACGGCUCCCGCUCCAGACUUAGUGAGAGCCUCCCUGAAAACGAGGCCGGCAUUGAAGAAGCCUGAGCCGGUUGGAGCGUUGCUCUUAAGAAGUGCUGAUAAAUGCAGUGAGCCUCCUAAACCUGUGCCAAUGCCCAGGCUGAAAAAUCAGCCUGCUAACAAAAGUUAUUCACAGUCACAAUCCUGAAUCCGCUGCUUCGAGGGAAUCGUUUGAAGUGAAGGACACGGUCUCAUCAAAGCCAUCCCACAGUGAUACAGAGUCUGCAGAAAACGGCAGCAUUGCCAGCAAUAAAACUCAGACUGAAUCUGGCCGUGUGACCCCUGAUCAGUCAAGAUCAGAUUACCAUUCGGCACCUUCCAGCCCAGCAGGAUCCAGUGUUUCCAGUCUGACCGUCCCAGUCAGAGCAGAUGUCGUCACCACUGAUGGCACCGACCCGAGCAGCUGCAAAGCUGUGGAAGUGAAACCAGUGGCCCUGAGCCCUGACGUAGAAGUCGAAAGACUGUUCAAGAAGAGUGUCAGACGAGUUCCCAAACCUGCAGAAUUUGUAUCAACACCGGACCUACUUGACGCAUCAGAGACCUCAAUGGGAAACAGGAGCCAGUCUGUGCCAGGUUUAGAUGUGCAGGAUGAAGAGGAUGAGGAUAUCGACAGCUUGGUAAGCUUUCAUAGAAGGACGAUGGAUGCAAGUUCCUCCAGCCUACGAAGCUCAAAGAGCACACUGGGCAGCCUGAUGAGUAUUUACAGUGACGCCGGAGACUUCGACAGCGUGGAGGUGAGCGGGGACAUCGUCUUCUCGGUGAGCUACAACGAGCAGAGCAAGAGUCUCCGGGUCCUCAUCAAGGAGUGCCAGGGACUGGCCUAUGGCGACGCUUCCCGGCAGCUUUCCAACCCGUAUGUUAAAUGUUAUUUGCUCCCUGACAAAACUCGCAAGAGUAAGAGAAAGACCAGCAUCAAGAAAUCCACCAUCAACCCCAUCUACAAUGAGACGUUAAAGUACUCCAUCAGCCGCUCUCAGCUGGUCACCCGCUCCGUCCUGAUAUCCGUCUGGCAUCAUGGUCGUCUCAGCCGCAACGCCUUCCUGGGAGAGGUGGAGGUCCCACUGGACUGCCAAAACCUGGACUCUGCUAAUGAGGAGUGCAUGCAGCUGAUGGGGAAGGCAGACACUUCGGUUCCAAUUUCAGCUUUUGGGCAGUCCAAGGGAGAACUGGUGAUCUCACUGAAAUAUGUUACACCUAAAAAGAGAACAGCUGAAAAAGGCAAAGGCAAAAAAGCUGUUCCAGAGGAAGGAGGAGAGCUGCACAUCCUCAUUAAGGAGGCAAAGAAUCUGACGGCAAUGAAAACAGGAGGCACAUCUGACAGCUUUGUGAAAGGGUACUUGUUCCCGACAAAGAUGAAGACCUCAAAGAAAACGACGGCCGUGGUGAAGAAGAGCCUGAAUCCACACUAUGACGCCACAUUUGUGUACAAGGGGCUGGCUCUGGAACAGCUGAGGGGCAUGUGUCUGGAGCUGACUGUGUGGGACAAAGAGGCCAUGAGCAACGAAUUCCUCGGUGGCCUCCGCCUCAGCACCGGAAAAGGCACUGUAUUAAUGAAAAAAGAGGAAGUGGAGCUGGAUUCGGUUGGAGAGGAGGUCAGUCUUUGGCAGAAGAUGAUGCAGUACCCAGACUCGUGGGCAGAGGGUACUCUUCCGCUGCGUUCCACAAUGGGAAAGGCAAAGGGGAAAUGA